UGGAUGAGUGUGUGACAUUGCAGUUGAAGGCAGUCGUGUGAGGGGAGCUGUAGAGUUGGACUUCUGUCGUCCUGACAGUAAGCGGCCAGCAGAGUUUUCUUCAUCAUCACCAUCACCAUCAACGAAGAAUCAGCUAUGAAGACCAUCCUUGCUGCUUACUCCGGUGUCCUUAAAGGCACCGGCUCCAGCAUCCUCUCCGCCCUGCAGGACCUGCCAAUAGCAAUCUGGCCCUGCACAUCCAAGAUGGAGAAACAUCUGCAGGUGAUCUCUGUGCUGCAGUGGGUCAUUAGCUUCUUGGUCAUGGGCGCUGCCUGCACCGCGCUGCUCAUCUACAUGUUCUGCACGGACUGCUGGAUCAUCGCUGCCAUGUACACCGCCUGGCUCAUCGUUGACUGGAACACCCCCAAACAAGGUGGCAGGAGGUCCUCUUGGGUGAGAAACUGGAAAGUGUGGACAUACUUCAGAGACUACUUCCCCGUCAGGCUAAUUAAAACCCACAACCUGCUGCCCAGCCGGAACUACAUAUUUGGCUACCAUCCGCAUGGCAUCUUCUGCUUUGGUGCUUUCUGCAACUUUGGGACGGAGGCCACGGGCUUCUCCAAGAAAUUCCCAGGCAUCAAACCCUCCCUGGCAACCCUAGCCGGAAACUUCCGUAUGCCGGUCCUGAGAGACUACCUGAUGUCUGGAGGUAUCUGUCCGGUGAACAGGAACUCCAUCGACUACCUGCUGACAUGUAACGGGACUGGAAAUGCUGUAGUCAUCGUCGUGGGAGGAGCUGCAGAGUCUCUGCAGUGCGCCCCCGGCAUGAAUUCAGUCACCCUGAAGAACCGUAAAGGCUUUGUGAGGCUGGCCCUGCAGAAAGGGUCUGACUUGGUCCCGGUGUAUUCAUUCGGAGAGAACGACGCCUACAAGCAGGUGAUCUUCGAGGAAGGAACGUGCUGGAGAUACCUCCAGAAGAAGUUACAGAAGUUGUUGGGCUUCGCCCCGUGCCUUUUCCAUGGAUGUGGUCUCUUCUUUGGCGACUCCUGGGGCAUCGUGCCUUAUGGCAAACCCAUCACCACCAUAGUCGGGGAACCAAUCACAGUGCCCAAAAUUGAGGAUGCCUCUGAUGAGAUGGUGGAUCUGUACCACUCGAUGUACGUCAAGUCCCUGCAGUGCCUUUUUGACAAGUACAAGACCCGGUUCGGUCUGAAAGAGAGCGACAUCCUUUGCAUCCAGUGAAAGGACAAGGGGGUUCCAUAUUGAAGCUCUGAACUGUAUCAGCAUCUACGGACCCCUCCGCUCCCUCCUUUCCCACCCCAUUCCUAUCCAAUCUUGGUGCCCGGUUUGGAUUAUCUCUGGACUGCAAACCCAACACAUGAACUAAAGAAACCUUUGCUCUCUGCGUCAUAUCACACACAUGUAGUCAUGGCUCCUCCUCAGGAAGCGGCAGAGUUUGAACUCUAGUCACCUCUCCUUGCUGCAGUUGUUGAGUUUCAAAGUUACCAAAUACCAGUCAGAAAAUGUGCCUUCUAGUUUCUUUUCUUUGUGGGGUUGAACUGCCUUAUUGGUGCAGUGGAUGGAAAGGUCCACUAGAGGGAGCUGGAGGGUAACGUACAGGACUUUUAAAAAGUGCCAAUGUUUGUGUCUGUAAUUCCCCCUUUAAAAACCUCAUUGUUAGCUGAAUGCACAAACAAUGCAAACUAAAGCAACUACUUUAGUAUUGGGAUCAAAGCCCAGAGAUUAAUUGAGCCAAAGACCGAUAGUAUCCCCACAGAAAGCAUGUAUUUCUACAGUAUGAAAGCCAAAGGUUAAGGAAUUAACAGGGUGGAUUUAUAUUGUGAAUGCACAAUACAUGUGUGCCUGUGAUUGUAUAAUGCCAUAAAGUAUUAACUGUAUUCUGUAGAGGGGGAGAAAGUCGAUUUUAGUGCUUGUCCCUCUGAUGAAUAUUUCUGAUGCACUUUUUGUAUUGCUGAUUUACCUUCUGAAGGCUUGUCUCCAGAACACUAAUGCCUUUGAUAUGAGAAUUUUCCAGCACAGCCAUAGUGCUGCUUGGUUAGAUUUCCCUCUCUAUGUCCUACGAGUGUUCAGGUCUGGACCGGGUGUCUUUUGUCUUUGAGAGAAAAAAACUACAGUAAUGCUUCAAAUCCUCAAGCAUUUUGUAACGUUUUGAGCUGCAGUGAAAGAUGACGUUUUUGUGGGUGAAAAUCCUGAAGUCUGAUGAUUCCAGUGAGUUCCUUUGUGAAAUGACAUGGGUGAUGAAUGAAAAGGAGGGGGUUAUACUGGUCUUAUUACUGGUAUUAUGUUAUGUCUGAGGGUGUCCUAAUACUUUUUGUAAAAUAAGAGUAUGUGAGAACAGAAUCUAUCCUGGGAAUCAUCGAAGUAAGUAGGCUUGAGUCAUGUGAAUAGGUGGUAAAUUAUAGGAUUGUCAUCCGAAGAGCGAUUUCCUCUGAUUUCACCGAUGUGACUUCUUGAGAAGAGCAGUGUAAUCCAUGUGCAAUAACAAAUUUGCAAGGAAUAAACAGAAAGAACUGUCUAUGUGAUGAGUAGAAUCAUCUGUCUGCCAAUAUUUAAAUUAAACUUUUGUAUUUUUCAGAAGGA